AUGAUAUCAGCUCAACAAACAACAGUUAUGGUGAUACCAUUAAAAGUUGGUCUUGUGGUAGAAUAUUUAGAUCGUUCAAGUUACUGGAUCCGGUUGAUAUUCAUUCAAUUAUUUCUUAAUCUAACAAACUCAAUUUUGUUCAAAUCAUUUUUAUGUUUUCCAUUAGGAUGGAUUGUUGGCACAAUCAUUCCAUUAAUUAUCGACAACUUUUGGUGGACUAUUACAAAUAAAUAUCCACGAAUACUUGGAAAACCAAUGACAGAUGAAGAUAAAUAUAGAUAUUUAUAUGAAAAUAUAGCUGUUGUUACAACUGCACUUAUCACGUCAAUUAUAUCGUUUUUUAUAGCAAUCGGUAUAAUGGUGGUCAUGGUCUAUUAUAAAUGA